UUUUACAUAAUAACUAUAUAAGUUCCACGAGUUCUACAUAUGUCUAAUUUUCGUGUUUUUAAAUCGCAUUUGGCUUCAAGUUCGCACUAGGCACUUUGAGUUGAAUAUAAAAAUAACCAUUACGGGAUCAGUGGACGUGUAGUUGGCCCGCAUUCAAUACUCCGGUGCACAUUGCGUUGUUGACAUUUUAUAUCCAGCAGUCGAACUGUAGUUAUACGUCUUGAUAAUAUGCGAAUGUAAGCAUGACUUCUUCAUACAGAAACUCAAGACCACCAUGGAGGUCUCCAAAUCAGAAUUACACGCCAGCUCCAGAACGUCCUUCCACUUUAAAUACAAAUUCAAACCGUUUUUUAAGUGGAACUUCAUACAGAGCUCUCACAGGAAAUUCGGCACUUCCAAAUCGUACUUACGGCGAUUCAAGUUCGGUGACUACACUUAAAGACAAAUUUUCUUCUAUAGCGAGGGACAAAGCUGUCUUAGCUGAUAAAAGGCUGAGAGUAGCAUCAUCGGGUUUUGGAAACAAAUCUACUUUGAGAACAGGAAGUACUAGCCGUUUUGGUGCACCAAUCGUUCGAAGUCCGAUCAAGGAGCAGUCUGUAACAGUUUUUGGGGUAUGUAAUGUACCGGAUAUUGAGACGGAAAAAACUCCCGUUGACAUCAUGGUAUCAGUUAUUACUCGUGGUACGUCACCUACACCCCCGGCUCAUAGUACAUUCCUUCGAAGUAAACAUGCUGGACAACAAGAAUUUAUCAUGUCAACAGUACCACGAAAAUAUGAAAAAGGAAUGGAUGUCAAUGUACAAACUGAUGAAAGAUUCCUUCGUAACAUGCCAAGUUUUAAAGCAAUAUCUUCAAUUCCUGUAGCUAGGUAUGUCGGCAAUAGAUCAGGUUAUAAUUAUUAUAAGUCUAAAGAUUCUGGAUCAACUAGUGAUAAUUCAGGUCAUGAACAAGAUUCGUAUCUUUCCGAUUCCUCAAGUCAUAGUAAAAGUCGUUCAAGUGGGACAGAGACAUCGAAACUACCACAACCAAAUUGGACUAGAAAUAGAUCUUUAGAAAAAAAUCGAGAAGAAUCUGGUAUCAGCCGUUCUCCGUCACUUUCCAGCACGGCAGAGGAAAAGCCGCCAACAGGUCGAAAAAUCGAAGAACCAAAAUUAGUUACAGUUAGAAGUAUUACGCCAGUCACUUCUGGUAUUGCAAUCAUAUCAGAAACACCGAGACCACAAUAUCCAAUAAGAAAAAUUGAUUCUUCUGAUCAGGCCUGGUGGUUAGAAGAUUCUGAACAGAAAGAAAAUACUUACGUAGAACCAACAUUAAAUACAAAUACUGGUAUAGAUUUUGAUUUAAAUAUGAACAAUACUUUGGGUAGUAAAAUCCCUUCCUAUAGUCUAAGAAAAAUGGAUUCUUCAGACAGAAAUCGAUGGUUACAAGAAGCUGGACAAGCAAAUCAUAACGAAGGGUCAUUAUCAGGUACAGAAAGUACUUCUCGUUCAGAAUCAACAAUGAGUAAUUCUACAUCAAAUAAAAAUCAUGCAUAUAGUAUUAGAAAAAUGGAUUCUUCUGAUAGAAAUGCAUGGUUACAAGAAGCAGCCCAAGAAGAUAAUAUAAAUGAAAAUUCGAAAUCAAGUACUAAUAGCAAUUCUGAAUCUAUUAAAAGUAACACACUAUCAAAUAUUAGUCCGACACAUGAUAUAAAAAGAUCAAAAUCAAUCAAUAGAAAUCUAUACCAACAAAAUGGUGAAAAACCAGAAUUAAAUAUUCAAAAUUCAAUCUCAUAUGUUGAUAGUGUUUCAAAUAUAGAUUCAUAUACUGAUAAUUCUUUAUCAACUAAAAAUCCAACAUAUUGUGUAAGGAAAAUGGAUUCUUUUGAUACACCCUGGUGGUUAAAAGAAGAAAAAGCUUCAUGUGUAAGUGAUGAGUCAAAUUUAAGUUCAAACAAUGUUGAGUGUACAAACAGUGAUCACUCUAUAACAAAAAAUCCAGAAAUUACUCUUUCUUACGGAGUCAGAAAAAUGGAUUCAUUCGAUAGUCCAUGGUGGCUAUCGAGAGAUGAGACUAAACAAAUAAAUUCAUCAAGUGAUAUUUCAAAUAAAAAUCAACGUAUUGAAUAUGAAGAAAAAGAUCAAAGCAAAGAAAAUCCAAAUGAAUUAUUUCCAAUUAAUUCUGAAAAUGAAGUUAAUAUGAAUUUUAUUGAAAAUCAGAGGUGGUUAGAACCUGGCACAGGAUCUCAAUUGGAAACCGAUAUGAUUGAAAUUAAUAUAAAUUCAAAUUUUAACCAAGUCGAUAAUAAUUAUUUAAAUUCGAAAAAAUUAGAGCCUUGGGACAAUAACUAUCCAUCAGUUAGGAAAAUGGAUUCGUCUGAAUCUCAAUGGUGGACAGAAGACCAAAAAAAUACAGAUACAAGAAGUACAAGUAUUUCGAUUGAUUGGUCACGAGAUGACCCAGAAUCGUCAAACCAAAUAAAAAGUAAUUUGACAGAUAGUCCUCUGGAAAAUAUUCCCAACAUUCGAAAAAUUGAUUCAUUUGAUAGCCCGUCUUGGUUAGCAAGCGAAGAAUCGGAAUCUCAAAGUCAUGAGCCUAAGAAUACUAGUAGUGGUGAUAUAAUAAGUUCAAGUUCAAAGCGAGUAGAUGAAUUAGUUGAUAGUAGUCCCGAUUGGUGGGGAGAAAAAAAUGAAAGUGAUGAUUUUGUUAGAACCAAAAGGACUUCCUUACGAAUAAAAAAAAUUGAGAAUGUCAUUAAUGAGACUGCAGAGGAACUAAAUGUUAGUUCUUUUGGAGCUCAUGCUCCAAAAGAACCAAAUUUACAACAUGAGUUGGAUCAAUUAAUGUUGUUUAUUGGAGGUUGUCGAAAUAUUGACGAACUACUCGGUAACGAAGAACCGCCACCUGCAGCACCAACAACACCACCAGAUACUGACUCAGAUGAUUGUGUGGAAGUUGGAGUUGAUCAAGUUCAUAUUCAUGAUAGCACUGCACAAAUGUCGACUAUACAAAAUAAACUUACAACGCUGGACGACGCCGCCCUGCAGCUGUACAAGGACGGCGACUUCGGAUCGUACCUGGACAUGGAGGCGUCCAUUUCCGAACAGCCGGAGGAGUUCGAAGGAUUUCAAAACGAUAAAAGAAAUUCGAUUGUCUUGCGCACGCAGUUGUCAGUCAAAGUACAUACAAUAAUUGACAAAUUGAUGAACUCUGAAGGUAAGGAGCUCCGUAGAUGUUUGUUCGCGCUCAAGCACAUAUUUCAGGAGGAUAAGGAUUUGGUUCACGAGUUUAUUCAGAAUGACGGGCUAAGGUGUCUCAUCAAGUUGGGAUCGGAUGUCGACCAAAAUUACCAAAAUUAUAUAUUAAGAGCUCUCGGUCAAGUGAUGUUGUACGUGGAUGGUAUGAAUGGUGUUAUCGAAGAUAACCCUACCAUUCAAUGGUUGUACUCGUUACUAACAUCCAGAUUUCGAUUGGUUGUUAAAACUGCGUUAAAACUGUUGCUAGUCUUUAUAGAAUACGUCGAAUCCAAUUGUUUGAUUUUUAUUCAAGCUGUUCAUGCAGUGCAUCAAUCUAAUGGCACGCCACUGUGGAGUAAUGUUAUGAAAUUGCUCACUGAACCCGACAUGGUUGACACGGAACUGUUAGUUUAUGCUAUGACGUUAAUAAAUAAAACAUUGAACGGUAUACCAGAUCAAGAUACGUAUUACGAUCAAGUUGAUGCUAUUGAAGAACAAGGAAUAGAACAAGUCGUACAAAAAUACAUGUCUAAGCCAGGAACUGAACUCGAUCUUCUCAGACAACUUCAGAUAUAUGAAGUUGUUCUGCAACACGAAGAUGGAGAUAACAAAUCUACUCCAAUCAGAGUAGACCAUUCAAUCAGGAAAACAUUAAGAAACAGAAAAUCCUUGAAUUCUUCAUUAGAUUCUGUAGAUAGAAGAAAAUCUAGAAGACACUCGGCUGGUAACCCAUCUGUUCAGAUGCCUUUACUUAUGGAAAGACUUGAUAUAAAUUCACCUCAACCAAAGCUAAAUAAAUUACCUCAUCCAGGUGAGGACGCUGGAGUGACCCCUGGCUUAAAACGAAGAAGGGAACGUGCUCAAAGACAACGGAGCUUGCUCCGCGAACAGUAUAAGAACAAUAUAGCUCGACCCGAUUGGUCUAGUACUGAUGAUCAAGGUGAAAGUUCCGAAGGGCAAAAUGGAUUGCAUCCAUUUAACUUGUCAUUUUGUAACGGAGACUCGGAAGUUCAAAGGGAAAGCUCAGUAAAAGAUUUAACCCAGAAAUUAACAAGUCUACGCAGUCCAGAUGAAUCACCUACCAAACUUGCUCCACCUUUAGAUGAUAUGAGAGGAAUAAUUUCAAAAGCAAUGGAAGGACUUGCUAAAUCUCAAUCUAAAAAUGAAGUAGUGAAAAGUCCAACUUCGGAUUCAGCUAUAGAUAUAUUAUCAAGAAAAACUGAAACUGAUUUACAAUGGGAGAGAUUAGUAAGCGAGUGCGAUCGUUCUCUUCAGUUGUGCGAUUUAGACUUUUCUACUUUACACUCUGAUGACGAUUCUGAUGUGUUGGCAUGUUCUUCAUUACUUGGAGGAGUUCCUCCUCCGCCGCCACCUUGCCCUAUGUUACCACCCAUGCAACAACAUGUGGCAAAGAAAACCAAAAAGACUGUAAAACUAUUUUGGAAGGAAGUUAGAGAUGAUCCAAUGGCUAGAGUUAAAUUGAACUCUGAACGAUUAUUAUGGGAAGAAUUAAGUCCUGUCGAAGUCGAUACCCAUAAACUUGAACACUUAUUUGAAUCUCGAGCAAAAGAUUUUAUUACCAAGAAACAGCAAGAAAUGAAUAAAACUAAAGAAGUAAUUGUAUUAGAUCCAAAGCGAUCCAAUGCAAUUAAUAUCGGCAUGACCAAGUUACCUCCGCCACGGUCCAUCAAAGCGGCCAUAUUGAAAAUGGAUCCUACUGUCAUUAAUAGAGAGGGAAUUGAGAAACUUAUGACAAUGCUACCUAGCGAAGAAGAGCGUACAAAAAUUCAAGAGGCACAAUCUGCGUGCCCAGAUCUGCCUUUGGGCAGUGCUGAACAGUUCCUAUUAACAUUAGCGUCGAUAUCUGAACUACCGGCUAGACUGAAACUCUGGUCUUUUAAACUGGAUUACGAAAAUGUUGAAAAAGAAAUUGCUGAACCACUCAUGGACUUAAUGCAAGGAAUAGAAAUAUUAAAAACCAAUCGCACAUUUAAAGCAAUACUAGGCACAUUACUCUCAGUGGGAAUAUUUUUAAAUGGCGCCGAGGUCAAGGGGUUUCAAAUAGAGUAUUUGGCUAAAGUACCAGAAGUCAAAGAUACUGUACAUAAACAUUCUCUUCUUCAUCAUUUGUGUCAUAUCGUUAUGGAUAAGUUCCCCGAGUCCACGGAUUUAUACUCUGAAAUCGGUGCUAUUACACGUGCAUCCAGAGUAGAUUUCGGAGAAAUAUCUGCGACGUUAACUAAAGUCGAACAAGAGUGCAGAGCGUCUUUCGAUCAUUUAAAGACAAUCAGCAAACACGACGGUGCAACUGCUAUUAAAUCCAAGAUGUCAGAAUUUUUAGCAGACUGUGCAGAACGCAUUGUAGUUCUUGGUAAAGUCCACCGACGCGUAAUGAAUCGUUUCAAUAAAUUUUGUCUUUGGCUCGGUAUUCCUUUGCACAAAGUUCAACUCACUAAGCCCAAUGAAUUGUGUCGUAUCGUUUCCGAGUUUUCGUUAGAGUAUCGUACCACUCGCGAGCGCGUCAUCCAACAGCUUCAUAAAAAGGCUAGUCAUCGAGAGCGGAAUAAAACACGAGGUAAAAUGAUUACCGAAGUGGGGAAAAUAGACAACGAAGACGCCGAUACAGAACUCAGGCAACUGUUGGACAAAGACCCGUCGCACAACAGAAUGUUCUCGUGGAGAAACCAGUGUAGAAAUUCUAUAGGAAAUACAAAUGGUGUUCACUUAAGUAACGAUGACGAUGAGUUGAUUGAAAGCUUAGUGAAAACUGUCACUGCUACGCCUGGGGCGAACACGAGAACGGCUCAACGGGAACGUAAGAGAACUAAAGACGCUCAUAGAAAAUCACUGAGGCGUACGUUGCGUAACGGUCUGAGCGACGAAGACAAAAAACAUUUGGCGUCCUUCAUAAAGGGCUACUGAACUGUGAUAUUCAUGACGUCAAAUUUUAUGACUGAUAAUAAUAUUUAGAUGUUUCUUAAUUAUUUUCCUAUUUCAUUAUUUUUACAUUUAUUUAACACUCAAUAGUUGUAACAAAUUACUUUUUAUUUGUUUUCUUCUUCUUCUAUGUGUAUUUACUCAUAUUCUAAAAUACGUGUACCAUAAUUCAACUAAAAUUACGGCAUUUAUCAAACAGAAAAAAAGAACAUUAAAUUAUGUAAGCAUUUAUUAAAUAG